GCUCCCUGGCUGCCACUGGUGACAUGCCCACUUACCAGAUCCAAGCUCCAACUCCAACUUUGCCUCAGGGUGUAGUGAUGGCUGCCUCACCAGGAAGUUUACACAGUCCCCAGCAACUAGCAGAAGAAGCCACAUGCAAGCAAGAGCUGAGGCUAAUAAAGAACAGGGAAGUUGCCAGGGAGGAAGCUGCUAAAGAAUGCCAAUGUCGGAAGAAAGAAUAUGUCAAAUGUCUGGAGAGCCACAUGGCCACGCUGGAAGUUCAGAACAAGAAGCUUAUAGAUGAACUCGAAACCUUGAAAAAUAUUUGCUUUUCUAAAACAGAUUAG